AAUUCACAAACCCAUUGACAAGACUUUUUUUUUAUAUAAGACGAUAAAGAAAAAAACUUGUCUAUUGAUUAAUCGCUGCCCCACCGAUCUAUGUGAAAUUUUAUUAGAAAAAGUCUUUUUAUAUUACGACGAGAGAGUACUGUAAUAAAACUAGAUUUGCAGUUGUUGAUAAAGUUACUUAAUAGUGUUUUAUACGGAUCGCAGAUUCAAACUUUUUAUAAUUUCAACCUUGUCCUAAUGCAGGUCCCCUUUCGCUGAUCGUUUUGCUUUCUGAUCGAAUUUUCGCACGGUUUAGUAUACAGUGAGUGUUGUUACAUCGUCGCCUAAAGAACAAUCGAUUGGCAGUGUUGGAGUAGUGGUGCAGUGUAGGAGCGCGAUGUACCAGUAAGUACGGCUGGAGGCCGCCCAGGGUGUCAUGUUGGAGACGCGGUCUGUGCGCGCCGCAGAUUCGGUGUGGGCUAAUAAGCCACUGCCGGCGCCACACGCCAUGGCCAACACGAGGCAUGGGAAAAAUGCGCAGGAUGAUGUUUGUUAUGUGGUAGCAAAAUAUGACUAUGCUGCUCAAGGUGCUCAGGAGCUGGACCUUCGCAAAAAUGAACGUUACCUCUUGCUUGAUGACUCAAAGCACUGGUGGAGAGUCCAAAAUGCUCGUAGUCAAUCUGGAUAUGUUCCCAGUAACUAUGUGAAGAAGGAAAAACCUUCAUUGUUUGACAGUAUUAAAAAGAAAGUGAAAAAGGGAUCCGGCUCGAAAACGCUACCGUCGAACUCAUCGCCUGUGCGGGGCGGUGGGGCGGAUUCACCAGGCGCAAGGCGCGUGGAGCCCACUGAAGCUUUGGGCACGGCUGUAGUGAAGUAUAAUUACCAAGCGCAACAGCCCGACGAGUUGUCGCUAACUAAAGGCACGCGCAUAUUGAUACUCGAGAAGAGCAACGAUGGCUGGUGGCGGGGACAGUACCAGGGUCACACGGGAUGGUUUCCAUCUAAUUACACCAGCGAAGAAGGAGACAAUGAGGACCCAGUUCACACUUAUGCAAUGGCGGAAAAUGUCUUGGAUAUUGUGGUGGCUCUCUAUUCGUUCACGUCUAACAACGAGCAGGAGUUGUCUUUCGAGAAGGGCGAUCGUCUGGAGAUAGUGGAGCGGCCCCCCUCGGACCCGGAGUGGUACCGGGCGCGCGACUCCCGCGGCAACGUGGGCCUCGUGCCGCGGAACUAUUUGCAGGAGCUCGCGGACUACCUAACGCAACCCUACAGUGAAUCUGGUGGAGGUGGAGCACCAGCUAGCGGGGCGGGUCUGAGCGGUAGAGCGUGGUACUACGGAGCCAUCACGCGGACGCACUGCGACGCCCUCCUCAACCAACACGGACACGACGGGGACUUCCUCAUACGAGACUCGGAGACCAACGUGGGCGAUUACUCCGUAUCACUGAAGGCGCCGGGUCGCAACAAGCACUUCCGCGUUCACGUCGAAGGCUCCCUAUACUGCAUCGGUCAACGCAAAUUCCCCACUCUAGAACAACUGGUAGCUCAUUAUCAACGCGCACCUAUAUACACCAACAAGCAGGGAGAGAAACUGUACCUAGUUCGCCCCCUACCGAGAGCCAAUCAACCCUGCUGAGCGACAGAACACCAGUAAGCAUCCAUCACUAAUAUGACCGUUAAAUCUCAUUGAAUAUAAAAA